AUGUCCGGGAGAGUGUUGCGGCUUCUGCUGCUGCUGCUGCUGCUGCUACUACUGCUUUUCUGCUGCAGCGGAAAGGGGUGUGAGAGAUGGACGCUGGAAGAAGGGGGAAAAGGAAGUCAAAAAUGCAGCGUCCGGGAGGUGGGCGAUCACAGGAUGAAGAGGAGUGAGAGCGAAGUCUCGGGUGUGAAGUGUGAGAGAAAGUAUCAAGUUGUCAAAGACAGGUGCAUGUUCAGGGCCUCCCGUAUGAGGGCAAGGUUUCCAGGGUUUGGGGAGAACAACCACAUGGGUGGAUGGGUGUGUGUAUUCAAGAACGAUGGUAUGCGUGAUGAGACCACAGACGACGACUAGUUUAAGAGAUAGCAUCAACGAAGUCAACGAGCAGAUAAGAAGACGCGAGGAACAAGGGGGAAAGGGGUGGACGACGCAACUCGGGAUUGAGAGGUGAGACUGAGACUGAACAUGAGGUGAGUAUGAGAGUAAGAGUGAACGGUAGAGAGUGAGAGAGAACAGACCAUCCGCACAGAGCAGUGAUGGCGCAGAAAUGCAGCUGGCGCAAACGCGUCGCAGAUACGGCACGGCAAGGCAGCCAGUCAUCACUCGGCCGGCGCGGACGGCGGACGGACGCUUCUCUCGCGUGCCACUGCCACUUUACCCCGAUCGAGGAUUCGACUCACUCACUCGAGCUGGGGGACUGGAGUUGAACAGUGUAGAAGAAGGAGCAAAAAAAAA